AUGCAAAAAAAUGGCAUCAAAAACAAAAUUGAUGAACUCAAAAUCCUCUUAAACAAAGAAAAAAUUGAUAUUGCACUCAUCAGUGAAACCAAACUUAAACCUACUAUUAUUUUAAAAAUUACAAAUUAUUUCAUUUAUCGAUCUGAUAAUACACUCCGUCCGGGCACUGCCGCAAAUGGUGGAACCGCUGUAAUCAUUCACCGACGCAUCGUUCACCGCCAGGUGCAUCAAAAAACUUCUCUAAACUCAACAUCCGUUGAGAUCUCUCUAGGAUCAGACUCAAUUCAAAUAUCUGCCGUUUAUAAACGCCCUCAGUCACCUCUCGCUGUAAGCGACCUCAACCUCCUGACAAGCAGCUGUGAUUGGUUUAUAAUUGCAGGCGACCUAAACGCCAAGCAUCCCUCAUGGAACAGCAACAGCGUUAAUCCGGCAGGUCGGGUUCUAUACCGCCAUGCCCAAAACUCCGACUACGUCGUUACCGCACCCAGCUCACCUACCCACUUCCCAAAUAACCCCGUCCAUCGACCAGACAUAUUGGACGUAGCACUACACAAACUCCCACUACAUCUUGUUGAAGUCUUCAACUUAAAUGAAUUAUCUUCAGAUCACAACCCCAUUCUACUCGUUAUUUCAGACCCCCCCUGUGACCGCCGCACCGCCACAUACAAGUCGUAG